CUUAUUCAGGUCCAGGGUCAGUCCACAGGCUCAGAACUGAUCUGAGCAUUUCAGGCUUUCAGUCCACGGUGUCUCGUCUCCUGCUGUCGGUCUAGUUGUCCUGGAGUUGACAGGAUGUCCGCUUGGUUUCUGGUGGUGGUGUUAGUCUGCGGUCUGGUCAGGGCUCAGGUCCCAGCAGACAGGAAUGAAGACGGAGGGAUUUUAAAGCCUGGGAGGACGACAGAGGAAGAUGUGCGAGUCUUUGUGCAGCAGAUGAUGGCCAGAAUGGAGAGACUGGAGAGAGAGUGUCACAACACAGGUAAAUCUCAGGUGGCGUUCUCGGCCUCCCUCGUUGCCACGUCAGACUGGACCCAUCAGGGACCUUUUAACACCAACAUCACUCUGGUGUUCAAGAGGGUGGUGACAAACAUCGGCAACGCAUACAACCCCAUAACAGGCAUCUUCACAGCCCCCGUGAAAGGACUCUACUAUAUUCGUUUUACCGGCAAUGUUGGAGACUCUGGGUCCCUGAACGCAGCGCUGUUGAAGAAUGGUGAGAACAUGUUCGCCAUCUACGACAAUCAGGGAACCCACAGCAGCAGCUCCAACGGCAUGACGCUGGUCCUGGAGGUGGGCGACCUGCUCUGGAUCACACUCUGGCCCCAGCAAAGCAUCUUCGACCAGAGUCGGCUCAGCACCUUCAGCGGCUUCCUCGUCUUCCCCAUGUAGGAGGAGCCACCUGCUGCUGGGUUGAGACGGUGGAGGGAAACCAGAAUCCAAACCAGAACCCAGAUUAACAGAUUUAGAUUGAUUCAUGAAAAUAUACAAAACCCCGAGUUCUGCAGUCCCAGCUGCAGAUCAGGGAAAAAUCAAACAGUUUGUUAACAGGUUAUAAGAUUUAUUCUGAAAUAUGUGAAAGUUUCACAGUAAAUUUGAAAUGAAAAAAGCUUUUUCACUUCCUUGUGAUUUAAAGUCUUUGAUUCCAAAAACUAAACAUGAACUAACUGGUUUUGGUUUGAGCAGGAAACAUCAGGUUUGACAAAAUAAAAGCCUGUUAACUUC